AAAUUGCAGGGCAAGCACUGGGAUACAUUUUAUAAGUUCUACAGAAACACAACGGAUAACAAAUGGGGUAGUGCUUAUCUCACGAGGGACUUCUUUCACAUGCUGGGAUCAAAGUUGACGGACCAUCUAUUGCUCAUUGUUGCUGAAGAUGAGGGUGAACUUGUUGCUGGUGCUCUUAACGUUAUUGGAGGUGACACACUUUUUGGUCGCUUAUGGGGUUGUCUACCACGCGUUUAUUUUCCAAAUUUGCAUUUUGAGGCCUGCUACUAUCAGGCAAUUGAAGCUGCUAUUGAGUUGAACUUGAGCAAAGUGGAGGCGGGAGCUCAAGGAGAACAUAAAAUUCAGCGUGGUUAUCUUCCAGUUACCACAUUCAGCUGCCACUACAUUCUGGAUGAUGAUUUUCGAAAAGUGAUUGACAAUUUUCUUGUGUAUGAAACCGAGCAGGUUAAGCACGUAAUGGAGUUGCUCCAUGAAUCUGGCCCCUUCAAAGAAGGAAUUGUAUGAGCAUCAUAGCUUUGAUUCCGCCUGGAUUAUGUUUAAGAUAAAUCAUCGAAAGCGAAGCAGCACACAACAUAUGUUGUUUGUAUCAGAGUUCCUCUUAUUAUCUAACCAUCAUUACUUAAUUUAUUUGUGAUUUAUAGUUAACGUAAUAUUUCAUAAAAGACAAAGGAAAUCGUCUUCAUUA